AUCCGCAUGACUCUGAUGUCUGUAUUAAUGGAUGUUUAGGAGGUAUCUGUACGGAUUGCAAGACGGCCUGGCUUGCAGGUCCAGUGCCUAUCUCCCCACCACAGGAGGGUAAGUUCUCUCUCGGGUGUUCGUGCAACAAUGAGCUCGGGACAACCGAGCGACAAUGAGGAUCUGCGCCCCGCCAGCGUCCCCGAGCUGGAUGAUGAGAAGGAGGACAGAGAUGAGUACAGGGCCCCCACGAGACCGUCAUCUCCACAAGUGGGCAGUGAGAGUGCCGGGGUGCAGGGCAGCGCCAGGGUCGAGUUGGCCGGAGACGACGGGACGGGCUCGAGGUGCAGAGUCUCGAGCGCAUGCGACUCUCUUUUCUCGUGGAUCUACAGGAGUACAAUCCGCAGGGGACCGCUCGUAGACCCGGCUCGAGAUCAGUACCGUACCAUGACACGGCUUUAUUCGUCCAUGAGUGCUGCUGCGGAUUCGGUGAACCUCAGUACACAAACCCACGGUGCUGUCUUUAACUUGGAGUACUCUCCGGACGGGUCGGUUUUGACAGUUGCUUGUGAGCAGACAGAGGUGCUUUUGUUCGACCCCAUUUCUUCCAGACAUAUCAAAACACUGGUGGAGGCUCACGAGGACUGUGUAAACAACAUAAGGUUUCUUGAUAACCGACUGUUUGCGACCUGCUCUGACGACACCACUAUUGCAUUGUGGGACUUGCGGAAACUCAGCACGAAGGUGUGCGCAUUGCAUGGCCACGCCAGCUGGGUCAAGAACAUCGAGUAUGACACACACACUCGUCUGCUUGUCACAUCUGGAUUUGACGGAAAUGUCAUCACCUGGGAUACCAACAGGUUCACAGAAGAAGGCUGCCCCCACAAGAAGUUUUUCCACACACGCUAUCUAAUGCGGAUGCGUCUGACUCCAGACUGCAGUAAGAUGUUGAUCUCCACCUCCUCUGGUUACCUGCUCAUCUUACAUGAACUUGACCUCACCCAGAGCCUUGAGGUCAGCAGCUACCGUAUCCUACGGGCCCGCAGAGCUCCGCUCAGCACAGGUUCAUCAGCAGGUUCCAGGUCAGGAGGUACUCGUCAUACCAGUGACAGGAAAGUCCAUCCACACAGAGAGGGUAAAGGUUUGUCACCCAGAAACAGUCUAGAAGUUUUAACCCCAGAGAUCCCAGGUGAGAGGGACCGUGGAAAUUGCAUCACCUCCUUGCAACUACAUCCAAAGGGCUGGGCCACACUGCUGCGAUGCUCCAGCAACAUGGACGACCAGGAGUGGACGUGUGUGUAUGAGUUUCAAGAGGGAGCCCCACCUCGACCCCCAGUGUCUCCUCGCUGCUCUCUGCGCCUCACACACUAUAUUGAGGAGGCCAAUGUCGGCCGUGGCUACAUUAAAGAGCUGUGCUUCAGCCCUGAUGGACGGCUCAUUUGCUCGCCUUAUGGUUAUGGUGUACGCUUGCUGGCCUUCGAUGAGAACUGUGCAGAGCUGGCGGACUGUAUGCCUGUACGGACGGCUGUGCUGCGGGAGGUCCGCUCCAUCUACUCUCACAGCGACGUGGUGCUCACCACAAAGUUCUCGCCCACUCACUGUCAGUUUGCAUCUGGCUGCCUCAGUGGACAUGUUGCUUUGUACCAACCACACUUUUAACCAUGAACAUUGAAAUCAAUUGUUAACUAUUUCUUGGACUUUGAAGAGGUUGCAAGUGGCAGAGGUUUUUAAUAGGUCAGACAAAUGUUGAUGGUGCAUAUUGGGAGAAGUAAACUACCUUAAGCUGUGGGUUGGGUCACAGCAUUGUUUGUGCAUGUGUAUGACCAUGUACAAGCAAGUUUGCCAUUUUCAGACGUAAUUGUUUUUUACACUGUGCAAACAUUUUGAACUUAUCAAUGUGCAGUAUGAAAGAAAACAGCAUUUCAAUUUUUCAUUUUUGGAGGUUGAAUGUGGUCAGUCACAGAUGUGAGCAUUACACUGUGUCCUAACCAGGAAUGAUAUGAUAAAGUUGAAAGUGUUAAAACGCUGUUCCAAAUAAACCAAACCAACACAGAUUUCGAAUCAACGAAAUUGUUGAUUGCUUUGUUUCUAUUUUGUAUAGCCCCGUCCAUGGAGAAAUCAGAUUUGCCCAAAAUCCUGCUUCACCUGUAUUUUAAACAUCAAAUGUAUUCUGAUUUGGGCACGAUUGUGUAGCUUCACACUGCAGUUUUGCAUUCAGUGAGGACAAAUUGCCAAACAUUUUAGUUUUUGCCAUGCCAUAUUUGUUUUUAGAAACUUUUUUUCUGGAAGUAUGUUGCACUUUUCUAAAUAAAUAUUUUUGUAUUUUUUUUUUAUUUGUACAGUUAGUCCUUAACACUAACUGAGGUCUGAGUUGUAGAUUGUUGAAGCAGUAUUGUGUACGUUUGAGUGCUAGGAUGAACACAAUUACUGGUCACUUAAUUGUCAGCAGAAUUUUGUAUUAUUCUGAACCCUUCUUGGACAAUCAGUGGAUACGGGUUAAUCCCACCAUUUUCUAAUGGUCAUCGGUGAGAAAUUGGGACAGGGUAUCCGCGGGUCAUUAAAAUGUAUCAAAUCAAUUUGGUGAAAAAUAAGGACAUUAAAAAGUAAUCAUCUUCAUAUGAGGUUUUAUGGUAGUUUGCAAGCCAGCUUCUGGUGCAUUACUGGAGAGUGAAGCAUCAAUGGAAGGUAAUAAUAUUCUGCUGACUAACCCUGUUAUUUUAAGAUAUCUUAAUAUUGCACUAUAUUUUUUUAUUUGUUCUGCAGAGUAAAUGUUUCUUCACCUGUAUCUCUUCCUACUUUAAUAAGCUCUGACCUGUCUUUUGCAUACUUUGUACAUUUAAUUAGUACUUGCUCUAUUGUCUCUGCUUGACCACAAUUAUUACACUGUCCUGUUUCAUGUUUUUCUAUUAUCCAUAAUGAAUGAUUUAGCCCAGUAUGACCUAUUCAGAUGCAAGCGAUAACUGAAUCUUCCUUCCUGUUAUUAUAAACUAUUCUCUCAUUGCCUACUUGUUGCUGAAUAGUAUAGCGAUGUCUGCCCUUAGUUUCACUGUUCCAUGCCAUUCAUUAUUAACAUUCUUUAAUUUUUUCUUUAAUCUCUUCCUUACUGAGUGUCACUUGUACGUCUAAAUCCAUGUGCUUUAGUGUUUGUUUAGCUAGUUUAUUGACAAAUUCAUUACCCUCCACAUGAGCCGGUACCCACAAAAACGUUACGUAUAUAUAUAUAUAUAUAUAUAUAUAUAUAUAUAAUUUUUGUCUUUAAAAUGUUUUAUUGAUUUGACAACACAAACAACACGGAAUCAACUUUCAUCAAUAUAUGAGCCCCCCAUUUUGUGUUUAUUCCCUAAGUUAUUACCCACCCUAUCACCCAAAAUACAAAAUCUGGGGCAGAGUAAAAUCUGAGUGCUCAAGACCUCACAGACAUAUCUCUGAACCCUCAAACCCAAAACUAGUAUCUUAGUACAGAACCCCAAAAACGUGGGCUAUGUCCGCAUCCUUUUUAAUUAUGGCUGCAGAUGCAAAUCCAUAAACUAUACUCCUGUAAUCCAAACUUGAUCUGAAUAAUAUAAAGUAUAUUAUUUUCAGUGACAAUCCACAUGCUCCCCAUUCAACUCCUGAUAAACAUCGGAGAAAGUUUAUUUCUGUUUUACACUUCUCAGUCAGCUUUUUAGCGUGUGCUCCAAAUGUCAAUCUAGGUUCCAUCCAUACAUCAAGGUAUUUUACUACUGAAACUUGUGCCAGUAUCUGUUUAUAUAAUUUCUAUUUAACCUCUGGUACAUCUUGAGUUUUAGCCACUGAUAAUAUGAAACUUCACUUAGUACCCCAUGUCUCCACUUCAUCGACUGAUUUCUGUAAACUUUGUGACACGUUACAUUACAUCCUCUUUUCC